AGAUAUGAAACUUCCGACUGAUUCUAACACUAGAUUUCUCCCACAUCCAGACACAACAGAUUCGACUUGGAAAAGGAGACGAAAAAAAUGUCCUGGUUCCAAAAACAAUUCACCCUCCCCUCCCGCUCUCGCGGCAGCUACCUCAUCACCGACACCGUGAUCAACGAACUGCCCGAAAUCCGCGACUACAAAUGCGGACUCCUAAACCUAUUCAUUCAACAUACCUCCUGCGCUCUAUCGCUAAACGAGAAUUGGGACGAAGAUGUGCGCGCCGAUAUGAGCGAUGCGCUGGAUAGGAUUGCUCCGUACGAUAAGAAGGGGAACCUAUAUAGGCAUAGUGCUGAGGGAGAGGAUGAUAUGCCUGCGCAUAUUAAAUCUGCGUUGGUGGGUGCCAGUGUUACGAUUCCGAUUACGAAUGGAAGACUUGCUACGGGGACGUGGCAGGGGAUUUGGUAUUUGGAGUUUAGGGCUAGUAAACACACAAGGAAGGUUGUGGCGACUAUCCAGGGUGAAAAGGCGUGACUGCACAUAUAUCAAGGGGGACAGAAACUGUAACUACAGAUCAAUACAAGCUGCAUAAGAUCCUAGCAUCUUGAACACACUAUUCAAGUGGUCCAGGAACAACUGUCUAUGAUUCCAUGACUAUUCUUCGCAUAAAUGUACAUAAUGAAGAUAGAAAAGUUCAAUGAAUCAGCGACAUAAACAAAAAAAGAAAAAGCAACGCCGAUGAAUAUUUAACAAAAGAGAACUAAAAGUACGUGCGAUUUUUAUGAUCUAUCGCUGUUC